AUGCUUUUGUUGCCCCCUUCCCCCACCCCAUGCAGGUUCAGUGUGAAUUUACAGUGUGGUUCUAUGGCCAAUGCUGUCAUUGCCUUACAUUUUAACCCACGCUAUGAAACCCAGCCUGGAUAUGUGGUUGCCAACACCUUCCAGUAUGGCAACUGGGGCUCUGAAGAGCGGAAACCAAACACUCUGCUACCUCCCGGAUCCAGCUUUAACCUGGUGAUUAAUGUGUGCCGUGACAGCUACCAGCUGACAAUCAACGGCUGUCACUUCAUGGAGUACAGACACCGGAUCCCGUUUAACCAAGUGGACACCAUCGCAGUGUCUGGGAAGGUUGAAGUUUCCACCAUUGCCUUCCAGAAUCCCACUUUCCCUGGACACAUGGCAUUUCCUGCUCAACCAGCGUUUCCUUCUUGUCCGGUGUUUCCCUCACAGCCGGCUUUUCCAGCAUUUCCAGGUUUUCCACCUCAGCCUGGAUUCCCCUCUCAGCCCGCGAUGCCUGUUGUUCCCUACAAGAACAUCAUCAGCGGUGGUCUUCAUGCUGGUCGGACCAUCACCAUGCAGGGGAUAGUUCAUCCCAGUGCCACCAGGUUCCACGUGAAUCUCAGCUUACACUCUGGCAUUGCUCUGCAUUACAAUCCACGCUUCAAUGAGAACACUGUGGUCCGGAACACCAUGCUGAGGAAGCAGUGGGGUUCUGAAGAGCGGAGUGGAGGAAUGCCCUUCCACCGGGGUCAGCCUUUCACGCUGACCAUCUGUUGUGAGAAGCACUGCUUCAGGAUUAUUGUCAACGGGGUGCAGACACACUCCUUCACCCACCGUUACACUCUUCUGCAGCACAUUAACAACCUGGAGAUUGAGGGUGACCUCACUCUGACCUCUGUGGUGGUGUAGGCCUGAGUCACUGCACAUCAAGGACCCCUUACCCUCACAU